GGGAGCAAAGUUUGAAGCCCUUCCUCGUCCUCGUCCAGCCAGCGCGAUGCAGAAGCAACGCAGCGCGCGUGCGUAACGUGUCCGGGCACGCGGGGAUCGGACGCGCUUAGGUUCGUUAGGCACGGAGGGGUGUGGACAGGUGACCCGUCCGAGGACACAACCGGGGGCACUGCUCCUUCAACCGCUGCCUCCGCUCCUCCUGCUCCGGUGGACCCGCUCCUCCUGCCCCGCUCAGCGGACUCCUCUGCGGCAUGUCGGAGGACGUUCCCCCCGAGCUGUUGGAGAGCGUGCGGGAGGCGGUGGGCCGGAGGGUGAAGCUGACCCUGAGACGCAGAGUCCAGCUGGAGGUCAAAGGUGACAAGCUGGAGAACCGAGUGCUGGCGCUGGCGUCCCAUCGGGCCUUCCUGCUGACGGCUCGGGUCCCCUCCAAGGUGGAGCACUCCUUCAACUACCUGGAUAUCCAGGGAAUCAGCAGCAACAAGCCCACUCAGCUGCUGUUGGAGAGCGAGCGCGGUCCAUGGAGCCUCCGCCUCGGCUCGGUGGAGGAAGUGGACGAGGUCAUCGCUCACAUCGGCGGCUGCCUGCAGCAGAUCUGCCCCGCCAGCUCACCUGUCAAGGUGAUGAAGAAGCUGGUCCUGAAGCCCCCGGAGAGGACGGCGUCCCUGCAGGCCGCCUGGGACGAGCCGGGCUCCGCGGACCUGGGGCCGUGCGGAGGCUUUUCUCUCCAGUACUGGUGUGUGUGUGACCACCUGGGUCUGCCCUACCGGGAGGAGGUCCAAUGGGACGUGGACACCAUCUAUCUGACUCAGGACACCCGAGAGCUCAACCUGCAGGACUUCAUCCACCUGGAGAACAGGGAUCUGGUGGCGAUCAUCGCAGCUCUGGAGUACAACCAGUGGUUCACUAAACUCUCCACCAAGGACUACAAACUGUCGACUGAUAUUUGUGACCAGAUCUUAAGAGUGGUGUCUCGGUCCAGCCGGCUGGAGGAGCUGGUGCUGGACAACACCGGGCUCAAAAGUGAUUUUGCUCAGAAGCUGGCCAGCGCGCUGUCGUACAACCCGGCCUCCACGCUGCACACACUCAACCUGAGCAACAACUCACUGGAGGACAAAGGCGUUUCCGCUCUGAGUGCUCAGCUCGCCAAACUUCCCAUGGGCCUGAAGCACCUGAACCUCUCCAGGACCUCCAUGUCCCCUAAAGGUGUGAACAGCCUCUGCCAGGCGCUCGCCGCCAACCCGUCGGUCGCCGCCGCCCUCGUGCACCUCGACCUGUCGGGAAACUCGCUCCGAGGCGACGACCUGCCGAACCUGCACGGCUUCCUGAGUCACCCGAACCGCCUGGAGACUCUGGACCUGUCCAACAGCGACUGCUCCCUGGAGCAGGUGUGUGCCUCUCUGCUCAGAGGAUCUUUGAAGCAUCUCUCCGUCUUCAACAUGUCGAAGUCGGUCUUCUCUCACAGGAAGUGUAAAGAAGUCUCUCCGUCCUUCAAGCAGUUCUUCAGCGACGCUCAGGCUCUGAGCUCCGUCAGCCUGUCGGGAACCCGGCUGCCUCUCGAGGCUCUGAAGGCUUUGCUGCUCGGACUCGGCUGCAACCCGAACCUCAGCGACGUGUCUCUGGAUCUCAGCUGCUGCGAGCUGCGUUCUGGAGGCUCCCAGAUCCUGGAGGGUUGUGUGGCGGAGAUCCCCAACAUCUCCAGUCUGGACAUUUCUGACAACGGUCUGGACUUGGACCUGACCACCCUGCUGGUCUGGCUGGCUAAGAACCGCUCCAUCAGACACCUGUCGCUGGGCAAGAACUUCAACAACAUCAAGUCCAAAAAUGUGUCUCAUGUUCUGGACAACCUGGUUCACAUGAUCCAAGAGGAGGAAUCGCCGCUGAUCUCGCUGUCCCUGGCUGACUCCAAGCUGAAGACCGACCUGUCCAUCAUCCUCAACGCCCUGGGCAGCAACACCUCUCUGACCAAAUUGGACAUCAGCGGAAACUCCAUGGGAGACAUGGGGGCCAAGAUGCUGGCCAAAGCCCUGCAGAUCAACACCAAACUCAGGACAAUCCUGUGGGAUAGGAACAACAUCAGCCCUCAGGGCCUGCAGGACGUCGCUGCUGCUUUGGAGAAGAACCACACCAUUCGUUUCAUGCCUGUUCCCAUCAUGGACGCUGCUCAGGCACUGAAGGCGAGCCCAGAGAAGACGGAGGAGGCCCUGCUCAAGAUGGAGCAGUACCUGCUGAGGAACCACGAGACCCGCAAAUACCUCCAGGAGCAGGCGUACAGGCUGCAGCAGGGAAUAGUCACCACCACCACGCAACAGAUGAUGGACAUGAUUUGUGUCAAGGUGCAGGACCACCUGAACUCUCUGAGGUUCACAGAGACCAGCUCGGUCCAGGAGGACGUGAAGGUGGCCGAGAACUUCAUGAAAGACGCCAGGAACUCCAAGAAACUGCUCCCCAACCUGCACUACCUGAAGAGUGCCGGGUCCAGCGGAGCGUGCGUCGGAGCCAUCGAGGACAAGCUGGAGUCGAUGGCCGGUGAGGUCUCCCGGGUCAUCGACGAGCAGCUGCAGACAAUGCUGGUGUCCAUGGUGGACGCCGCCGAGGGCCUGUGUCCCCACGUGAUGAAGAGGAGCAGCCUUCGCCAGGAGCUGCUGAAGGCCGGAGCCGGGAGGAUGACCGUCCCUCGCAGCUUCAUCACCACCACGCUGCUGGAGCAGUCCGGGGUGGACAUCAUCAACAAGAUCAGCGAAGUGAAGCUGAGCAUGGCGUCGUUUCUUUCCGAUCGCAUCGUGGACGAGAUCCUGGAGUCUCUGUCCCGAUCACAGCAUACUCUGGGCGAACACGUGGUCCGUAAGAGUCGGCCUCCGCUGCACCACGAGCCCCCGAUGGAGACGGAGGUUCUGGAAGAGACGGUCCUGCAGCCGGAGAAACGCGACCAGGAGCAGAAGCAAAGCCGGACCCGGGACCAGAAGCCCGGGCUGCAGGAUUUGGACGGCUGCAUUAUGACUCCUAAAUCCAAGAGGAAGAGUAUCCUGGUGAGGAUGCUGCGACCCGUCUCUGUGGCGUUCGAGAUGGAGUUUGACCUGGACAAGGCUCUGGAGGAGGUUCCCAUCCACGUGGAGGACCUUCCUCCUGCGCCGGCACAGCCAUUGGACAGAGGGUCAGUCCCCCAGGGAGACCUCCCCCCUCCCCCUCCUCCACUGGACGCGAAGCCGGUCUGUUUGGGCGAGCUGCCGCCUGUGGAGCACAAGCUGCUGGAGCACCACACCAAACUCCGACCGAAACCCAAGAAGAGGACCAGACCGAGCCGACCAGCCCGGAAAGCCGCCGGCUCGACGCCACCGGAGGCCGAGCAGAACAGCAUCAUGGGAAAGCUGGAUGAGGGCCUGGAUGACUUCUUCUCCAAGAAAGUCAUUAAACUCAGCUUCAAACUUCCCUCUGUGAGAGGUCCGUCCUCCAGCUCGCAGGAAGCAGCAGAUAAGAAACGCGACUCCAGAAAGAGCGGUUUCUUCAACCUCAUCAAGUCCCGGACAUCCCGCUCGGAGAAGAGCCACGGAGCCGCCUCCAUCACUCCACUCCACCCCGCCGCCUCCUCCACCUCCUCCACCUCCUCUGCUUCACCAUCUCCCUCUGUUGCCCCAGUGGCUGAGGAAACGCCGCCGACAUCCCCCACUCCUCCUGCGAGAAACCCCGUUUCUGUGGCGGAGCCCCAUCAGGAGCUCCACAGGGCUCAAUCCUGGGACCACACGGAUUCUGAAACGGAGACCUCGCCGACCGCUGACGAACCUUCUGAGGAGGAGACCGUGGAGAAGAAGGAGAACCCCCACAUUCUCCGCCAUAUUGGGGUCCCUGUGAUGGGCAUGGACCUGCUGGCUGAGAUGAAGGCCAGACAGGGCAGAAUGGCUGUAAAGAAAGCUGAGUCGUCAUCCUUACUGGACAAUGAUAAAGACAAGUCGGACGUCCAUCUCGUGGUCCCAGUGGACGCUGAUGAGUCCAAACCGGAGCCGACUCCCAGGUCAAAACCGCCCAGCGUCACCCCCAAACCGGCCCCACCCCAGGCCAUCAAACCUCCGCUCGGGCCCCGGACUUCUGUGCCCCUCAGCCCUGCCAGUCCGACCAGCCCCGGGCCGAGCAGCACCUACACCUUCGAUGAGUCUGCUGAGGCUCCAGCAGGCGGCUCCUCUGCCAAAGGACCACUUCCUGCUCCUCGCCUGAAGAGGGCGCCGUCGGAGCAGGAGAGAGAGAGCACCAGCAGCAACUCUGCAGGACCCCUUUCUCCUCUGGACGGCGAGUUUCCUGCGGACGGCGACGCGUUCGAGCCGCCGAGCCCGGCGUUGGAUCCCGGCGCCGGUGGCCGUCAGUGGUCGUCCCUAAAGAGCUCCGCCGGUCCUCUCGCUGCGAGCCGGGACCGGGACCAGGAGGAGCGAGCCAAGUCCCUCCCCGCCUACGUGAGGCCUCCAUCUCUGACCGACACAGAUCCCAGACCAGCUGAGGAGGACGUUCCGUCUCCGGUCGCUGAUCUCAAGUCAGACGACGAGUCCGGUGACGUCUGAUCGAGAUGCUUCCCCACAUGGCACACACACACACACACACACACACACACACACACACACACACA